UACGCUCUGGAGAGAGAAUCCCUUCUUGACAAAGCUAUGCUUAGAUAUGCUGAAAACCUUGAAAGCGGAGAGUCAGCUAUUGACCAGAUUAUUGAGAGUGCUUCAGGAUCAAGUGAGUCAUUAGAUGUUCAGCCAUCACCAAUAGGAUGGGCAUUAAAAAGUAGUGCUAGCCGUCGCGGUCUUACAAAGAAUCAAAAGAAGUACUUGACUGACAUAUUUCUUCUUGGCGAACAGACUCGCCAGAAAGCAGACCCUGACGAUGUCUCUAAGUCAAUGAGAAAAGCGCGAGAUACUGAUGGAUCAUCUCUAUUUAAAUUUUCUCGUUUGUCGUCCAAGAAAUCUAUUCCAGAAGCCAAUAGUACAAGUGAUAAUGAUGAUGAUGAGGACGACAAUGAUAAUGACGAUGACUUAUCGUCAGAGAAGGAGUAUCACCGGAUUCGAGAUGAGAUUUUAAACGAGAUUUCCCUUAACCAUCCAAUUAUCUACGACUCAUACAACAUCUGUGAAAUGGUGGCAACUUCCAAGCUCCCCAAAUUUUCAAUAGCAAUGCUGCAAGUAAUAUGUAGAUAUUUUGAACUAUAUAUUUUGAACUAG